CCCACAAUGCAUUGCGCUUUCAAAAUGGCGUCUCUCGUAACAGUUUGACUUGUGCCAGGUCCAAAAAGCAGCGGAAGGUAAACAGGAGGACUGUGUUGCCGGGCGGGCAAACGGUAUUUCGGACAGGAGGAUGAGACCGCUGCUGUCGGCGUUGACACGUAUCCACAAACCGCCCGUUCGCGCCGGCUGUCGGCGUUGCCUCGACUCGUGCGCUGGCGGCGGCGGCGGCGGCGGCCUGUUAGCACUGCGAGACGACGCCCUCGUCGUGGGCUCCAGCCGGGAGUUGGUGCGGAGUCUCGGCCCGCACGUGGAGGUGAGGACGGCCUUCGUCACCGAGCAGGAGGAGGAGGCUCUUCUCCGAGAGCUGGAGCCGGGCCUGAAGAAGAGGCGCUACGAAUUCAACCACUGGGACGACGCUAUUCACGGUUACCGAGAGACUGAGCGUGCGAGAUGGGGGGCGGAGUGUGAGGAGGUCUUGAAUCGUGUCCGAUCCAUAGCGUUUUCCGAGGGUUGUGUGCUCCUCGGGCCCGUUCACGUCCUAGAUCUGGACAAGACUGGCUACAUCAAGCCGCACAUCGACAGCGUAAAGUUUUGCGGCAGCACUAUUGCUGGGUUGAGUCUUCUGUCAGAUAGUAUCAUGCGUUUGGUGAAGGAGCAUGCAAACAACGAAUGGCUGGACCUUCUGUUGCCCCGACGAUCCCUAUACAUACUGAGGGACCAGGCCCGAUAUAACUUCACUCAUGAAAUCCUGAAAGACGAGGAGUCUAUGUUCAAUGGACAGAGAGUUCCUCGGCAGCGCCGCAUCUCCGUCAUCUGUCGAAACCUUCCAGGCUAAAUCCCACAUGGACUCACCCUGGAUAUUAAUGGUGGAACAUAACUUCAAUUAAAGGAGCUGUAUCUGUGAUCUCCAUUGUUGAAGAAAUCACUAAAAGUCCUUUUCUAAA